AUGACUGAUAUCUCGCCGACUAUCAGUGUACGGUGGAAAAAGGAACCACCACACGUUAAAGAACAUUACGAAUGUCUCGCAAAAACGGCAAAGAUAAUUCAUUCAUCUGCUUCGUCUAUGUAUUCAUCUACUUCAUCGCCGACAUUACCAAAUUCAUAUUUCGAUAUAAUCUUGCCACAACAACCCGAAACGUUAGCAAAACAAAAUUGUCCAAAUCAGAAUUUGGCUGAUAUAAAUUGUCCAGAGCAGAAUUUGGCUGAUAUAAAUUGUCCAGGGCAGAAUUUUGCUUUACAAGCUACUACGCAAAAUUGUCCAGAGCAGAAUUUGAUUGCUAUACGAGAUUAUUCAGAUUUAUUAUUUUUUUCGUAUGAAGAUUUAUUAUUUCCUUCAAAUAUUUCGAUGUAA